UUUUCCCCUCAUCUUCCGAGGAAAAGAAAAUCUCGCAUGCAGGAAGAGGGACGAUCGUUCUUCAGCAAAUCUUUCUGAAUUGUCUUGAAUCAUCGACGGAGGACUCUUCUGAUCACAACUUUAGUGGACUAAAAAAACAUUUGUAUUGUCCUCGUGUCCGGUUGGAGUCGUCUCGUCCACGUUGAAGCUACUCGACCUAGAUUGUUUUAGCUUAGCUUGCUAACAAAGAGACGUGUUUGUGGUCAACACUGAGCAAAACAAAGCUCUAGCCUGAGAGCAGAGAAUUUUGUGAUCACUGUGUGUGAAAAUGUGUGCAAGAAGCACAGCAGCGUACAAAGAGAAACUUUUGGGCCUAAAAGAGGAGAAGGAUCCACAUCACGUACUGGACGCUUUGUUCAAUUUUCAGCCUCGAAUUGUGCUUCGCAGAGCAGAUGUCAGUGAAUAUCUUCAUCCAGGCUGGCAGCAGUCAGUGUCCGGUCACAUCAAAGAGGAAGAAGAUGAUGAAGGGGUUCAAUGUGUCAAAGAGGAGGAGGAGGAAGAUUUCCUACACAUGAAAGACAACAAGCAGGAAAUCAUCCAGGUUCCCUCCACUGGUGUCCCUUUGAAGAGUGAAGAUGAAAGUCCAGGUGAGGAGGGAAAAGGGGUGGAGCCUCCAAGCAGGAACAGCUCCAGUGAUGGAGACAAUUGUGAAGGAUCACUAACAGACGGACACGAUGAUGAAUACUUUGAAGGUGGUAUACCAUGUCAUACUGCCAAAAAAUCCUGGAAAUGUUUUCAGUGUAGGAAAACUUUUGCUUCGAUGAGGAAUUUCAAACAACAUGUGAAAAUACACACAGGAGAGAAGCCUUUUACAUGCUCAGUUUGUGGUCAAAGUUUCACUCGGAAGGAAAACUUAAAAAGACACACAAGAACCCACACUGGAGAGAAACCUUUUUCCUGCUCAGUUUGUGGCCAAAGAUUCACUCAGAAAGGAGAUUUAAAAAUACACACAAGAACCCACACUGGUGAGAAACCUUUUUCUUGUUCAGUUUGUGGUAAAAGAUUCACUCAGAAGGGAAAAUUAAAACUACACACAAGAACACACACUGGUGAAAAACCUUUUUCCUGCUUACUUUGCGGUCAAAGGUUCGCUCAGCAGGGAAAGUUAAAAACCCACAGAAGAACCCACACUGGUGAGAAACCCUUUUCCUGCUCAGUUUGCGGUCAAAGCUUCUCACAGAAGGACCACUUAAAAAUACACACAAGAACACACACUGGUGAGAAACCUUAUUCCUGCUUAGUUUGUGGUCAAAGAUUCACUCAGAAGGGAAAUUUUAAAAUACACACACGAACGCACACUGGUGAAAAACCUUUUUUCUGCUCCGUCUGUGGUCAGAGAUUCACUCAGAAGGCAAACUUAAAAAAACACACAAGAACACACGGUGGCGAGAAACUUUUUUCCUGUUCGGUUUGUGAUCAAAAAUUCACACAGAAGAGAAAAUUAAAAAUACACACAAGAACACACUGGUGAGAAAACAUUUUUGUGAAGAAGAUUAUCUGUGAAGGAAAGCUUAAAAAGACAUCCAAGAACACACCCUAGUUUUGCCUGCUUGCUUUGAUCAAGGAUUCUCUUCUAAGUAUCAGGUUAAGACACACAAGUGUACUGGUGAGAAAUGCAAUGGUCAAAAAGCGUUUUAAUUUAAAUAUGUAAAAAGAAAGUAAUUACUUUGUUAUUGAUUGACAAUAAACAUUCUUGUAUUUUG